CUGGGUUAUUAUAUUACUGAUAUAUUGAUCAUUUGGGCCAGAGUGGAAGGGGCGAUUGCUGUCGCGUGGUUGCAAGGGCGUCACAAGUAUUUGAGUUAUAAGGGUACGCUGCAGUACAUUCCAGUGUUUCUUUUUAUUUCCUUAGGAGCAACGAAGAUGCAGAUUUUCGUGAAGACCCUAACGGGUAAGACCAUCACCUUGGACGUGGAGUCUUCGGACACCAUCGACAAUGUCAAGGCUAAAAUCCAAGACAAGGAGGGUAUCCCCCCUGAUCAGCAGCGUCUUAUCUUCGCCGGUAAGCAGCUGGAAGAUGGACGCACACUAGCCGACUAUAACAUCCAGAAGGAGUCCACCCUUCACCUGGUACUUCGUCUUCGUGGUGGUAUCAUCGAGCCCGCCCUAAAGGUGCUGGCCGGCAAGUACAACUGCGACAAGAUGAUCUGCCGCAAGUGUUAUUCUCGUCUACCCCCGCGUGCCACCAACUGUCGCAAAAAGAAGUGUGGCCACACCAAAGAGUUGCGCCCCAAGAAGAAGCUCAAAUAAAUAAUUCGCUUCGCUUGUUUUUCCGUCAACUGCUGUGUCUGCGUUAAAAGGAUUAUAAUUAAAGACUGGUCCGAAGGGAGAUACGCAAAUUGGUACAGGUUGAAUUGAAACGUAUGGUGUUUUAUGUCGUUUCAACGAUUGUGUGUUUAUUGUAGUGAUUGUGCAUAGCGGCCUCUGUUUUGUAAAGUAUCUUGUAAGGUUUCUAUACUGCUAGAUUGCAGCUGUCUCAGUUGAUUAAUAAUUCGCAAUAAAGUCGCUCU